CAAGACACAUCUCUAACUGAGACUCUAAUCCAGAGAAGGACGAAACAGGAUAACUAUCAGUGGAUGAUUAACUUUUAUUUUGGGAAUUAAGGACUAAUGUUUUUAUUUUUAAGAAAAAUAACUAAUUUUCACAAUUGUUCUUUCUUUUCCCCUUUUUGGCCUCUAUCCAUUCCUGGUUGGUUGAUUUUUGGCCUUAAUAUCAUCAGAAAACUCUUGUGGCCAUGUAACCAACUGUUUCUUCAGUCCUGGAUGCCUCUCAUCUGGUGAACCUAAUCACUUUUCAUUCAUUAGGCUCCAUCCAGUUUCACCGUUAACAUUUGAGCAGAUUUUAGGACGCUGCAGGACUCUGUUGAGGUUUCAGCUAUGUUACGUUGUGUUCUUCAGCGAGCCAACAACUUGAGACACUCUGACCCUCUGGGGAGUGUCACAUUCAGAGGAUCCAAGAAGAAAACAAAGGUCAUCAAAAACAACCCCAACCCAGUUUGGAAUGAGGGAUUUGAAUGGGAUCUGAAGGGGAUUCCUCUGGACUCUGGAGCAGAAAUUCACUGUGUCGUAAAAGACCAUGAGAAGAUGGGAAGAAACAGGUUUCUGGGAGAAUGUCGGCUGUCUCUCAGAGACGUCCUCAACUCACCCAACUUAGCCGCCUCCUUUACUGUUUCCCUGGUGGACACGAAGAGAAACAACACAGGGGCCACGUUGACCCUGCAGGUUUCCUACAUCCCUCCUCCAGGAUCGGCCCCUAUCUUCCACCAUCCUCCCCAACCAGAGCCCAUGAUACAUAACAACCCCAAUGUGGAGCUGGACACCGUCACAAUGAUUUCUCUGGAUACUUUGGGUGAGGAAGACACAGAGAGCAUGAUUAUGGUGGAGGCUCCAGAAGACCAGGGAGCCGACGAUGGACGCUCCAUGGUGAUAGUCGGCCCUCAGGGGCCACCUGGCCAGGAGUCUCCCACCGCCCAGAUCCCUAAGCGCUCACCACCAUCCUACAAUGCCCAUGGAGGGCUGAGGAAGAGGAGGAGAGGAGCCAGUAGUCAGCCCAAACAACUGCCCAACAAACCGCAGGACAUACAGAUUCGUGUGCGGGUUAUUGAGGCAAGGCAGUUGCCAGGCAUUAACUUAAAACCCGUUGUAAAGAUAGCAGUAGCUGGACAAACCAAGAGGACUCGUAUCAGAAAAGGCAACAACCCCAACUUUGAUGAGACGUUUUUCCUAAACUUCUUUGAGACACCUUCAGACCUGUUUGAUGAACCUAUUUUCAUUACUGUGUGUGACUCUCGCUCACUUAGAACUGACGCAGUGAUUGGUGAAUUCAAGUUGGAUGUUGGCACUGUGUACAAUGAGCACAGACACUGCUUUUUGAGGAAAUGGCUGCUGCUGUGUGACCCUGAUGAUCUUUCUGCUGGUGUUCGAGGUUAUUUGAAGGUCAGCUUGUUCGUUUUGGCAGCUGGAGAUGAGCCACCGGCUGAUAAACGUGAGUGUGUUGAGGAAAAGGAGGACAUAGAGGGAAACCUGCUGAGACCAGCCGGUCUCUCUCUGAGAGGAGCCAUGUUUACGCUUAGGAUCUUCAGAGCUGAAGACUUGCCACAAAUGGACGAUGCCUUCAUGGAUGGGAUGAGGCAGGUUUUUGGGUUUGAUACAAACAGAAAGAAUUUAGUGGAUCCAAUGGUGGAGAUCCACUUUGCUGGCAAAACGGUCUGCACAAAAAUUUUAGAGAAAAAUGCCAAUCCACAGUGGAACCAGAGUCUGGCUUUGCCUAUUAGAUUUCCAUCCAUGUGUGAGAAGAUGAGGAUCAGAAUUGUGGACUGGGACAGAGCCAGUCAUAAUGAUGUUAUUGGCACCACCCACCUUUGUAUGUCUAAGAUCUCUGCUCCUGGAGGAGAGAUAGAUGAUGACUUGACUCCUCGGACCAUCCACUCUGGCAUUGAUGACAGUCUUGGUUUCCUGCCGACGUUUGGUCCAUGUUUUGUCAACCUGUAUGGCAGCCCCAGAGAGUUCACUGCCUUCAACGAUCCCCAUGAGGCUCUAAACCUGGGAAAAGGUGAGGGUGUGGCAUACCGAGGGAGAGUUUUACUGGAACUAUCCACCAAGCUGGUGGACAAACCAGACCAGAGAACCGAAGACAUCCUAUCAGAUGAUCUGUUGGUGGUGGAGAAGUUUCUCAGGAAGAGGAAGUUCUCUCUUUUCGUGGCUUUUUACUCAGCCACGCUCCUUCAGGAUGUAGAUGACGCCAUCCAGUUUGAGGUCAGCAUCGGUAACUAUGGCAACAAGUUUGACUACACCUGCCUCCCUCUGGCCUCUACCACACAGUUCAGCAGGGCUGUGUUUGAUGGUUGCCACUACUACUACCUCCCAUGGGGAAAUAUAAAGCCCGUGGUGGUUCUGUCCUCAGAGUGGGAAGAUAUCCGUCCGAGGAUUGAAGCUCUCAACAUGCUGCUGACUAUCGUAGACAGACUGGAGAUGAACCUGCAGCGGGUGCAGCUGCAGGUGAAGGCAGGCAAUGAUCUGGAGGAGGUGGAGCUCCGAGUGGUCGAACUGUUGGAUCAGCUCAUAGAAGAUUGCAGUGAGGAGCUGCCCUCCCUCGACCAGUGGCAGUGUGCUACACCUCUGGAUCGCUCAUUGAGGCACAUUCGAACCCUCCACCUGCAGCAGAUCGUUUCUGCGGCACUGGCGCUCAAACACGGGCCUGAAACGGAGCUUUCCACGGUGCUGGAGCAGGCUGAGGACUGGGCCAGCAGACUGAGGACUAUAGCUGAGGAGCCCCAGAACAGUCUUCCAGACAUUGUGAUAUGGAUGUUGCAGGGCGACCGCAGGGUGGCUUACCACCGCAUCCCAGCACACACAGUCCUCUUCUCUCAGCAGCACUGUGGGAAACAUUGCGGACAGCUGCAGGCCAUCUUUCUCAAGCACCCACAGGGCAGCAGUGGAGAAGCCAAACUUCCUGGUCAGCUGAGGGUCAAAGUGUGGUUCGGACUGGCUGCUGACGUCAAACACUUCAACCAAUAUGCCGAAGGAAAACUGUCGGUCUUUGCUGAAACUUAUGAGAACCAGACUCGGCUCGCACUGGUGGGCAGCUGGGGAACGACGGGUUUAACCUACCCAAAGUUCAGCGACGUCACCGGGAGAGUGAAGCUGCCCAAAGAGAGCUUCAAACCCUCGCCAGGCUGGGCCUGGGCUGGAGACUGGUUCAUCAGCCCCGAGAGGACAUUGCUGUUUGAUGUGGACGCUGGUCACAUGACCUUCACAGAGGAGGUGUUUGAAAACCAGAUGAGGUUACCAGGCGGACAGUGGAUCGGCAUGCCGGAAGGAUACACUGAUGUGAAUGGAGAAAAAGCUGUGCCAAAGGACGAGGUGGAGUGUCCUCUCGGGUGGGUGUGGGAAGAGGUGGAGUGGAGUGAAGACCUCAACAGGGCUGUGGAUGAUCAAGGCUGGGAAUACGGCCUCACCAUUCCUCCGGAUCGCCGCCCCAAAUCCUGGGUGCCCGCGGAGAAGAUGUAUCACACCAACCGCAGAAGAAGAUGGAUACGUAUGAGACGGAGAGAUCAGCAGAAGAUGGAAACUCUCUGGAAGCAGCGUCCUGAUGAGGCUGAAAGGGAAGGCUGGGAGUACGCCUCGCUGUUCGGCUGGAAGUUCCACCUGAAGCCCCGAAAGACGGACAGCUUCAGGAGGCGCAGGUGGAGGUGCCGCAUGGAGCCGCUGGAGAAAACGGGACCAGCGGCCAUCUUUGCUUUGGAGUGUUCUCUGAGCAGCAUUGAGGAUAAACAUGAUGACAAGUCCGUAACAACGACAUUUGGAGUCAACAGACCAACCAUUUCAUGUUUCUUUGACCGAGGAACCCGCUACCACCUACGCUGCUAUCUGUAUCAGGCCAGAGACCUGCUGGCUAUGGACAAAGACAGCUUCUCAGACCCCUAUGCCAUCGUGUCCUUCCUCCAUCAGUCCCAGAAAACAGUGACUAUGCGAAACACCCUCAAUCCCACUUGGGACCAGACACUCAUCUUCUACGAGGUGGAAAUUUUUGGGGACCCAGAUGCGACAAUGUCCAAUCCUCCCAAUGUUGUGGUGGAGCUUUACGAUCAGGAUACGUAUGGAGCAGAUGAAUUCAUGGGCCGCUGUGUGUGCCAGCCCUCCCUGACUCCCUCCCCUCGCCUGGCCUGGUUUCCGAUUUGCAUAGGAGACAAGAGCGCUGGCGAGCUGCUGGCUGCUUUUGAGCUAAUACGCAGAGAAAAGCCUGCAGUUCACCACAUUCCAGGACAAGAGGGAGACAUCGUCAGCUCCACCCACGUGCUAGAUGAGUUGAUGUUUUCAGGAUUCCUCUCUGAAAACCUGCAGCAAUGGCCAGAGGAGUCAGACCUUCCAUACCCGCCUCCUCAGAGAGAGCCCAACGUCUUCAUGGUUCCUCAGGGAAUCAAACCCAUUCUGCAGAGAACCGCCAUCGAGAUUCUAGCAUGGGGCGUCCGAAACCUGAAGAGUUUCCAGCUGGCCAGCGUCACUUCUCCGAGCCUUCAGGUGGAGUGCGGUGGCACCAUGAUCCAGAGCUGCGUCAUCCGCAGUGUUAAGAAGAAGCCAAACUUUGACAUCAAUACGCUCAUCCUUGAUGUGAGACUUCCACGCGAGGAGCUGUACAUGCCUCCAAUUGUCAUCAAAGUUAUUGACAACCGUCAGUUUGGGAGGAAGCCGGUGGUUGGUCAGUGCACCAUCCGAUCCCUGGAGGAGUAUCGGUGCUUUCAAGAUGCGCAGCAAGCUGCAGAGGAAGACGAGGAUGAUGAUGAUGAAUGGAGACGUGAGAUGCCCCAUUUGACCUCUGGGGAGGUGUUUAUUGACAUUGAUGAUGAGGAGCCACUUGUCUGUGACCAGCUUGCAGAUGGAGCCAGUUCAGCUAUCAUUAACCUUUCAGCCUCUAGUACCAGCCUCCAUGCAGAAGAAUCCAUGGAUUGGUGGAGUAAGUUUUACGCAUCCACUGGAGAGAAGAACAAGUGUGGAACCUAUCUGGAGAGAGGCUUCGACACUCUGAUGGUUUACGACCAGAUGUUGGAAAAAGCAGAGGAUUUUGAAGGCCUAUCUGAUUUCUGCCAAACAUUCAAACUGUACAGAGGAAAGACUCAGGAUGAAGGAGAUGACCCGUCCGUGGUGGGAGAGUUCAAGGGUAUGUUUAAGAUCUACCCCCUGCCCGAGGACCCAUCAGCCCCUGCUCCAACCAGACAGUUCAAAAAGCUUCCUCCCAAUGGGAUCGAGGAGUGUUUGGUCCGAGUCUAUAUCAUUCAGGCUCAAGGACUGCAGCCCAAAGACGCCAAUGGAAAGUGUGACCCUUAUGUGAAGAUAUCUCUGGGAAAAAAGUCCAUCAAUGACCAUGAAAAUUACAUCCCCUGUACACUGGAUCCUGUCUUUGGAAAGAUGUUCGAGCUCACUUGUUCCCUCCCUCUGGAGAAAGACCUUCGGGUGAUGCUGUAUGACCAUGACAUGCUCACCAAAGACGAGAAGAUUGGAGAAACCGUUAUUGACCUGGAGAACCGCUUCCUGUCUAAAUAUGGAGCCAUGUGUGGUCUGCCGCAGUCCUACUGUGUAUCUGGGAUAAACCAGUGGCGAGACCAGCUGACACCAAGGCAGCUGCUGGGCAGAUUGUGUGAGCGUCGAAACCUGCAGAAACCUCUGUAUGAAGACGACUCAGUCCGCUUCAGAGGACAGCGAUACACGGCUGCAGACCUCGAGGACAAAAAUGAAUCUAAACGUCACCUCGGUCCACUUAAAGAGAGAUUGGCCCUUCACAUCUUAAGGAAGCAGGGUCUGGUACCUGAACAUGUUGAAACCAGACCACUAUACAGCCCACUGCAACCUGACAUAGAGCAGGGGCGUCUGAUGAUGUGGGUGGACAUGUUCCCCAAAUCUCUGGGACCACCUGGACCCCCGUUCAAUGUCACACCACGCAAGGCAAAAAAGUUUUUUCUGCGUUGCAUCAUCUGGAACACCAGUGAUGUCAUCCUGGAUGAUGUCAGCAUCAGCGGGGAAAAGAUGAGCGACAUCUAUGUUAAAGGCUGGCUCGAUGGGCAUGAACACAACAAACAGAAGACAGACGUCCACUACCGCUCUCUGGGCGGCGAGGGCAACUUCAACUACAGAUUACUGUUUCCCUUCCACUAUUUACCUGCAGAGCAGCUGUGUGUUGUCGACAGGAAGGAACACUUCUGGAGUAUGGAUAAAGCUGAGACUAAACUGGUUCCUAAGCUGACCAUCCAGAUCUGGGACAAUGACAAGUUCUCUUUUGAUGACUACCUCGGCCACUUGGUGAUGGACCUGAACCACAUGCUGCGUCCCGCCAAGUCUUCAGAGAAAUGCACCCUGCAGCUGCUCGACCAGCCGGUGGACAAACUGGUGUCUCUGUUUGAACAAAAGACGGUGAAAGGGUGGUGGCCCUGCACCUGCGAGCAGAAUGGAGAGAAGAUUAUCGCUGGGAAGGUGGAGAUGUCUUUGGAGAUUGUGACAGAGCAGGAGCAAGAGGAGAGACCAGCCGGCCUCGGCAGAGAUGAACCCAACAUGAACCCUCAUCUAGAGGAGCCUCAGCGUCCAGAGACGUCCUUCCUGUGGUUCUCCUCCCCCUAUAAGACCCUCAGGUUCAUCCUGUGGAGGCGGUUCAAGUGGCUUAUCAUCCUCUUUAUUAUCCUCUUCUUCAUUCUCCUCUUCCUGGGCGUAUUUCUUUACUCCUUCCCGAACUAUGCUGCUAUGAAGAUGGUUGCACCUUUUGGUCCAGCCAAGGCUGCAGAGUGAUGAUGAAGAGAAAAGGAAGGAAGAGAAAUGGAAAUGUGAACAGAAGGACACAAGUGAAAUAAGCCAUAUAAGGCUGAACUUUAUUUUUCUCAUUUUAAGCCUUUUUAUGUCCUCCUCUGAAGCUGCGAGGAUGAGCAAAGAUGAGUUCUAGACACUGUUUUGUACAGGUAGACCUGAUCAGCAAUAGCUAUGAGUGAUAAUGUGUCUGUGCCUUUAUUAGUUCCACCCACUCUGCACUACUGUUAUGAAAGGAUUUCCAAAGGGUUUAUCAGAUCUUGGCGCGUGACGUCUGCAUCCUUGUCAUGCCUCCAUCACCGCUUUCAUAUCUUCUGACUCCAUGCAGAAAUGAAGCAGGAUAAAAAAAAACCAAAAAAAAAAACUCUGCAAACGCAAAACAGCAGAGACAAAUUCAAAGAUUUUGAUGUUGCUUGAUCUUUUUCCCACCCACUGUUUCCCAGCAAGACGCACAGUGAAGUCAGGCAGCCUAAAUGGAUUCAAAAUGUCAAACUUUAUUGCUCCAAAAGUUCAAUCUGAGGUUAAAACGGGAAGGGAAUUUUCAAGUUAUGCUCUUUGAAUCACUGCUUUACAUCAUUUUCUUCUCUACGCUGCUUUGAAGUGGGUCACGCAGUAUGUGUGGUCGUAUGUGAUGCCUUCAGGUGUGGUGGGAUUUCUUAGUGGUUACCAGUUCAAACAUUAUAAAGCCCUCAUCAGCUCUUUAUUUUUUCCCCACUUGUCUGAUUUUCACCCCUUUUCAGAUCGUCCUUAGCCUUCCUUUUUCCUAAUUUCCUAGUCUUUGCUUCUUCACACCCCCUUACUUUUUUAUUUUUCCUUUUUUUUCUCAUUAACACUUUUCUCUCUUUUCAUCAUGUCCCUUUGCCUCCUCUUCCUCUGCUUCCUCCUGUUCCCCAGUUCCUCACCGGGUCUCCCACCGCCUUCUUUCUUGCAGUGCUCUCAGGGUUCAGCAGGUUAAGUCUGGGAUUUGCUCUUGUUGAUCUCAGAGCUUGAGCUUUAUUUGUACAAAUCAGGUCUGAGAUAGAUCAUCUAGGCAGAUAAGGACAUAUAACUGUGUAUGUGUGUGUCUGUGUGUGUGAGGGGCUUAAUUCAGUAAUAUUUCCAGCUCUUUCCAUGAGCAAAGCAAAACACAGAUUAAAAAAAGAAAUCAAUCACAAUUUAAAAUACGCAUGAUUGAAAUAUUCAAAUCCAAUUUAAUCUUUUAUUGAAGUUUCUAAAUUUUGAGUUUUUUUUCCCUCUGGGUUCGCUCACUCAGUUUGUUUUGGUCCAGACCUGAGUGGAAAAGUUGACUUGAUUCAGUUGGGUUCAGUUUUGGUUUAUGGCAGCUGAUUAAAACUUAAUCAGGCCUCUUAAACAAAAGUCACACAGAGCUCAUUUAAUAGAAUUUUCUUCAAAUAGGUGGUAAGAAUUAAACACAAAACCCAUUUUACAUUCAAAACUGCUUCUGGUUUAUUAUCAUAGAUCAAAUCACUCUCAUUUAUACCUGAUGUGUAGAAGUGUUUAUUCUAUAAAAAAAUAAUUAAUUAAAGAAAAGAAGUGUUUAUUGUAAGUAAACCAAACUUACUGAAAAUGUAACAUUUAAAGCUUACUCUGCUUUAGCAUUGUUAAAGAUUUCCUCCAAACAGUAAAUAAAUAAGUCCAACAGCUUUAAACUUAUUAAUGGAUAUCAGUGUUGCCUCUGGGUGGAUUCAUGCAUAUAAACAAGAGAGAAACAAGCUUGAUAAUCAUAGGAGGAAACAGAAAAAAGCUCAUCAUGGAAGAAGCAUUUAUUUAAACUUAAAUAUGUGUUUUUGUUUCAGAUCUUUAAACAUCUGAGCGAGCCUUAAACACUACAGCUGAUCUGAACUAGAUUUAUUCAGACAAGAAUGCUGUAAGUUGUGUUUACAGUGAAUAAUCCAGAAGCCUUCCUAAUGCAAACUUGGCUCUGUUUUUGCCCGAUGUUCUUCCUGCCAGUGGAUGCAAUGUGCCUUUAGCUUCUAGCUUUGCUGCUUUUUACAUGCAGAAGCAUCAUCUCUUGCCUCAACGUGAAGCAAAUAUAAAGUUCUUGCAGGUGUGUUUCAAGUUUCUGUGAGUUUGGAUAAUUUUUCAGUUGGAUUUUUAUGAAGUUUUCAGUUAAAGGUAAAUGAGCAUAAACAUGAAACACAAGCUCCUCACCUCUAAAGUGAUGCCAUUAAACUGCACUAAGCAGAAACAAUGAUGACCGACAUGUUUAAUCUGGAAUCAUUUUUUGCAUGUACAGGUUUGAGACGAGUCCAUUUGCUGAUGUAAAAAGGUUUAAUGCCAGUAAAAUGCAGACUGAAUGUAUCCGGAACAUGAUGUGUAUCUGUCCUCAUAUCUGCAAAAAGCAAUACAGUGUACACCGCGUUAUUCUGUAUUAUCAAUAAACUGCAUUUCUGUUCA